AUGGCCAUCAUCCACCCGUACCUGGUCGAGCACAGCCAGGUCUAUCCGCGAGCCUCCAGAAGAAUCGAGCAGGGGCGCCAGAGCACCGCGCUGGCGUAUGUCAAGCCACCCAUCGUGUCCCUCAAAACAGAGACGAUUGGGCGGGAGGGAGUGGAGCCUGAUGUUGUCUCGGCCGCCGGCGUUGUACCACAAGCCAUCAAGCUGCCGAGCGAGUGA